AUGGCCGACUCGGUACUCCCCAUCCCUCAAGUAUCUCAGCCUUCCGGGCACUCCUCCACGAGCAAGCCCAAGCUCUACAUCCUCGACUAUGGAGCCGGAAAUGUCAGAUCAUUGGCAAACUCCAUCAACGCCUUGGGACACGACUUUGAAUGGAUCAAGGAUGAGAGCGACUUUGACAAGGCCGAGAAACUCAUCUUUCCCGGUGUCGGCUCCUUCGAAAAAGCCACCUCCGCCCUCCACACCUCCUCCAACCUCUCCAAACACCUCCUGAACUAUAUCAACUCUGGCAAGCCCUACUUGGGUAUCUGCAUCGGUAUGCAGGUGCUCUUUGAGUCCUCUACCGAGUCGCCAGGCUCAAAGGGUCUCGGCGUGGUGCCCUUCGGGAUCACCAAGUUUACCGCGAAAGAUGCGGGUGUGGAGGGAGGAAAGAAGAGUGUGCCCCACAUGGGAUGGAAUAGGGCUUGGCGGGCGCACAAGCAGGAGGGAGAAGAGGAGUUGAUCCACGACGAGGACUAUUACUUUGUCCACUCUUACGCCGCGCUUCUGCCCAAACUCGCGCCCGGCGAGCAGCCUCCCAAAUCUGUCGACGAUUUCGCCUACACCCUUUCCCGAUACGGAUCCGAGACCUUCAUCUCUUCUAUACGGCGCGAUAAUGUCUUUGCUUGUCAAUUCCACCCCGAAAAGUCUGGCCCUGCUGGUCUCGACCUGCUCAAGCGCUGGAUCGAAGCUCCCGUCGAGAGCCUGUCCUCCAAAUCGGCCUCUUCAUCCUCUUCUUCCAGCAAAGUCUGGCAACCCACCAACCCCGAUCCCCUCCGCGCCCAGGGCAACGGCCUUACCAACCGUAUCGUCGCCUGCCUCGAUGUCCGUUCCAACGACGCCGGUGACCUCGUCGUUACCAAGGGCGACCAAUACGACGUCCGUGAAAAGUCUGACGAGGGUGGACAAGUGCGAAACUUGGGCAAGCCUGUCGAGCUCGCGCAGAGAUACUACCUUAACGGUGCCGACGAGGUCGCGUUCUUGAAUAUCACGAGUUUCAGGCAGUCGGCGUUGCUCGACCAGCCGAUGUUGGAGGUGGUCAAGGCGGCGGCAGAAACGUGCUUUGUGCCCCUGACGAUUGGUGGAGGAAUCAAGGACACUGUCGACCCUGACGGCACCGUCCACUCUGCUCUCGAAGUCGCGGGCACCUACUUUCGUUCUGGUGCCGACAAGGUCUCUAUCGGCUCCGAAGCCGUCAUCGCCGUCGAAGAGAUGCUCGAACGCGAAGCCCGUGGCGAGCCCGCCUUCUCUGGCAAGACGGGUAUCGAAAACAUCUCCAAGGGCUACGGCCGUCAGGCUGUCGUGGUCUCCAUCGACCCUAAACGUGUCUACGUCGACACCUCUUCCCCCGACUGGCUCUCUUCCUUCCCCGAGAAACACCUGCCUUCCCUCAUCAUCGGCGACAAGGCCACCUCACGCACGGCGCCGCAAGAAAAGGGCAAGGCUUGGUGGUACCAAUGUACCAUCUCUGGCGGCCGUGCUGUCCGGGAUAUCGAUGUCGUCCAGCUUGCCAAGGGUGUCGAGCGCUUGGGCGCGGGCGAGAUCUUGCUCAACUCUGUCGACAGGGACGGGUCGGGGGCUGGGUUUGAUUUGGACUUGAUCAAGCUCGUCAAGGGCGCCGUGGGCAUUCCUGUGGUGUCUUCUUCGGGAGCGGGCGGGCCGGGUGAUUUCGAGGAGGUGUUUAGGGAGACGGGGACGGAGGCUGCGUUGGCGGCUGGGAUCUUCCACAGGGGCGAGGUGGGGAUUGAUGAGGUGAAGAGCUUUUUGGAGGGGAAGAAGAUGGCGGUUAGGAACGUGAAGCCUUAG